AUGCUAUCGGUCAACGACACCGGCAGUGGUGGCCAGCCUUCACUGGAGUCGUACUUCGGGGAGAGUGUCGCGGCGACGCUUCUCGGGAAGGUCAAUGAGACCAAAGACCGCAAGGAGUCGAUGAGCAAGAUCCAGGCCCGUGUACAGCAGACGGUGCUGAACGACGGCUACGAGGAGAUCAAGAAGAUGAUCGCCUGUUUGGAAGAGAACUGCUUCCUGCCAAACAAGCCGGUACCGUACCGAAAAGGAGGCCUUGCAGCCAUCGGCGCCGUGGCUGUCGGUCUCAGUUCUGAACACAUCAGCUACUUUCUGCCGGACAUCAUGCACCUUGUUAUCGGGACGGAUACAGAGCAAGGCCCGUUUUCCAACGAUUGCGGCGAGUAUCGAAUCCGAUACCUGGCCUGUGAAUCGCUGUUCAACAUCGCGAAAGUUGCGAACCACGAGCUCCUUCCUUACAUCCCCACGAUCUUCGAUGGCAUCUCUAGGCUCUUUGCGGAUGUGAACACCGAAGUGCGGCACGCCGCUAUGGUCUUGGACAAGCUGCUGCGGGACAUCGUGACUUCGGCCGCGGCCCAUGGCAAGGACCAGCUGUCGAAGUUUCCCGCAGAGACGUUUGUCCAGCAGCUAGGGCAGAGGAUGAAGUUCAAGAACCCGAACAUUCGCCAGCUGUGCCUCGGCUGGACGACGCUGAUCCUUGGAAUCAACGGCAUGGAAGCUGUCCGCUACACGCCGAUCUUCAUCAACGAAGUGUUCGACAUGUUGGCGGAUGCGGACGACCGGCGUGACAGCAGGCACAAUGCCGAUAGUCUCCUGGAUUUGCUCUUGACACAGGUGAAGGAAAGCCCCCCGGAGCAAGCUAUGCAGAUUGUGUUCCACACGUUGGGGGCCCUGGCAGCCAACUGUGAGAAGGAAGACAAGUGCAUCCGCUUGUGUGCCCUCUGCUGGCUCUACGAGUACGUCUACCUCACUCCAGGCUUUACACCUCCUGGGAAGGAGGAGGACAUGGACGAGGAUAUGAAAAGGAUGCGGAACCUGCUUCUUGGGUGGCGGAAGAUGUGGGGUGAGGAGCUCCCGCAGCUUCUCCCGGGAAUCUUCAAGUGCAUCACUGACAAGGAGAACGAGGUGUCUCUAAUGGCCGUCGAUCUGAAUAACAGCCUACUGGAUCUGGCUCAUCGACUGGGUGACAGCCUUCCCGUCCAGGCGCUGGUGGCCAAACUCAGCGAGCUCCUCGUUGCCCAGGGGAAGCGGCCGGAGGGCGAGGGGCCGAUGGUGGUUCACAUCGCCUGCCUUCAGUGGAUCUGUUUGCUUCUGUCAGACAGCCCAGCAGCAAUGCUCCGGAAAGAAACCUUGAAAGAGCUCUUCAUGCCCAUCUUCGAAAGUCUGCUUCAUCCCAACGACGAGGUGGUGAUCACGGCACUGCGUGUUCUGGCGCAGAUAAUGGAGGCGAAGCCGGUGGAAGAGGAGCUCUGUAUCGAGGACCUCCUCCCGGAGGAAGAGUGCACUACAGCGGGAUCGGCCUCAGCAUCUUCUUCUACUGGCUCUGGCGGAAGCCGCUCGGAUCUCUUCACCGUCAUCGUCCACAGGCUGCUGAGAGAGUUCUCGACACACCAGGAGAUGCUGGAAAGCCGCGGGCGGCUGAUGAUACGCCAAGUCUGCGGAUAUCUGGAUCCCCAGAGGCUUUAUGUGACGGUGGCGCGUGCCAUUCAGCAGGAAAAGGAUCGAGCCUUUGCGCAGAAACUGGUGCAGACCUUCAGCUGGAUACUGCUCACGGCUGUCGAAACGCGCGGCCUUCGUGAGGAGUUGCUCAGGGAGUCAGAGCAGCACCCGCAGCUCUUGCGGCUGGCUGGCCAGCCGACAUCGGAGGAGGCCAAGGCGGAUCUUCCUCGGCCCCUGUUUCUGGAGCUGCUAGAGCCCUGGUUCCAUAAUCCGACAAGCGCGCUGGCCCUGUGCCUGUGGGCUCAGCAGUAUGAGCUGGCCUCGGAGCUCACCGGCCGGUUCGCGAGCUUUGAGCCCACGCUGGAUUUCUUACAACAGCUUGACCAGCUGGUGCGGCUGUUGGAGUCGCCGAUUUUCUCCCGGCUGAGGCUUCAGCUCCUGGAGCCUCGUCGCCACCCGGCGCUGUUGAAGUGCUUGCUCGGUCUUGCAAUGCUGCUGCCGCAGGCGGGUGCCUUCCAAAUACUUCGCGAGCGGAUGCACUUGGUACAGAGUAGCCUCCUCAUGGAGGUGCGAAACGACGGUGAGGCGGUGCCCGCCCCCUCGAAAAGCGGCGGUUGGUGGUCCGGCGGUUCCACGAACCUCCCAGAUGCCCAAGCAGAUUUCGCAAGCCUGGUGGCUGCCUUUGAUCGGUUGUCGAAGACGGAGUGA